CCCUGCUGCUGCCAUGCAGCAGUCCGUCAGUGUGCCAGCAGUCCGCGCAGAGCGCAGAGCGCAGCGCCACGCUGACCGUCUGUCACAGAGGAUCUCCACACCUUCACCGGAGCCGAACGGCAACACGCGUGGAUAAACUGAGCGAACGAGGGGUCUGCACAGGUGAGGUGAGGACAAGGACGCAGUCUUCUUCGCCGUCACACGUCCGUCAGCGAACCAAGAGCCUUGGUGCCGGCCACCCUCAGGUCAACUCAACCGCGACGGGCGCCAAACAAUAAGAGUCUUGACCUGCCGUCCCUUACGCAGCCUGCACAAAACAAAUAUUUGAAGCCAUUAUAUCUAAUUUCUCCAGGCCACCGUCACUGAAAAGAUCAACAGCGAAGGGUGCUGUUGGGAAGCAAAAAGAGGGAAGAAAAAAGUGGGGGAGGAAGAAGUAACCCUUUCAAAGUGCACCCUACCGGCUAUUUCUGCUAUGCUGUGGGCAGGGAGCAUCUCAUUUGGGAGUGCUCUUUGCUGACAAAAAAAGGACUUCCCCUUUCCCUGCCUGCCUAUCCAGAUGCCUGUAUAAAUACUGUAUAAAGAUAUCAUUUUGUCUGGGUUCUAACUCUGCCCAACAAAGACACUGCAAACUAUCUAUAGAAACGUUCCAACAAAAUUAGACUCUGCGGUCUCCUGGAUUACUACUUGUCUAUUACCUCUCAAGGGAGAUUUAAGAGCUGUGAGAACAGGAAUGAGACCUGCCAUAGUUCUGUAAACUUUCCCAAACACUCAGCAGGUUUGAAAGCUCUAUCUGCUUGGGAAUAGCAGUUUUAAUGUCUGUCCCAGCUUGGUGAAUCAACAUGAAGCCCCUGACACCAAUUGGAUCUCCCUCUCCCCUGAGGCUCCUCAACAAGGGUCCAGACUACCUGCGCAGGCAGAUUGAUGGUGGAGGCCAUGGUCGCGCUGUCAGUGCUGUGGAGAGGCUAGAGGCAGACAAAGCCAAAUAUGUUAAGAGCCAGCAAGUGAUCAACACCAAGCAAGAGCCAGUGCUUGUUCCCUGUGCCACCCCUCCACCACAGCCUCGGCGAGCGAUUGCCAUCCAUGGUAGCCUAACCCCUCAUCUUCCCCCGCGCCGUUCAUCCAACACACCCUUCUCUACGUUAUCCGGCUCCUUCACAUCCAGAGAUGAAAAUGAAAACGAUGACUCCAGAAAGGAGAACAGACGGACUUCAGUCGAUGUUGAGGCACAUAACAGGAGCAAUGUGAACAAUGUGAUGCCACCCAGCCCUAGGUCCCCUGGAAUUAACACCUUGGUAGCGCCACACAGUGCUCCUGUGAUCAGAAGGAGUACAGGCAAACGCAUGCUGAGGCCAGACUCCCUGGUCAUCUACCGUCAGAAGAAAGAGUGCAAAAGCCCCAGCGGUGCAGCAGUGGCAGAAAACAACAGCAUGGAGGUGAAGGGCUACAGUUUUGUCCGCCGUCUCUUCCAGGGUUCCAUGAGAGAGAAAAGUAGCGGUGAGGGCAGAAUCCAGAAAAUGGUGAUUGGAGAGGAGAAAGCACCGUCGAGGGAUGGCGACUCCCGCAUGUCUUGGACCAAUGAGAAAGACGCAGUGGAUGGUGCACAGGGGAGCCGGAGGUCUAGUAAAACGGACCAAGAGCGCAGCCCAGAGUCUACCCCCAGCCCUGGCUUUGGUUGCACGCUUGACCAAACCAAGAAUGGAUUUACAAAUGGCACCAACAACAGAGUUAUUAGUGGUAUGACAAAUGGCAACCACUCACGUAACCAUGACGAUGAGAAUGACCCGUGGAAGCGGGCGUCCCCACCUCCACCCAGAAGGCAGUUCGGGAAGCUGAAGCGCUCCAAGUCAGACUUGCGUCUGCGCUGCUCGGUAGCACUAUCAGAGCAAGAGCAUUUCUUUGACUUCUGCGGGCUAGAUUUAGACAUGAUUGAGCGUCUGGGUCGGGAGAAUUUCCUCUCCGGUGCCAGCUCUAUAGACACACUUUCACUGGCGCUCCGAAGUGUGGGUGGGGACGGUUGUGGAGGCUCAGAGCCCAGUGAGUUCUCCCGUCACUCAGGAGAUGGACUGUUUCAGGAGGAACUGACUGAGCAGCUUCCCACCGGUGUGUCAAUCAUCGAGAGAAACGCUCGUGUCAUCAAGUGGCUUUAUGGGUGUAAGAACGCUGCUCGUGAAGGACCCAAAGAGUCAACUGUUUAAUGUAGGGACCUGGAUCCAUGUGCCAUGGAGUGCUCAGAGCCUGCAGUCUAACAAAACAAGAGUUUGCUGAUUUCUUGCCUGAUAUACAGUAAGCUGUUUAUUUAAAUCAACUGCAGUGGCAUUUGGUCUUGCAGAUGUUUACCUUUUAUGCAUAAACUUGCUGCUGAAAUGUACAACAACUCAAAGGUAAAAUGACUCUUCAACACAGGGUUUAACUUGAAUUUGAAAAACACAUUCCGUGUAGGCUGUGAAUCGUUAGCUGCUCCGCUGCAAUGAAACAUUAAAGGAAAAAAUACGAUUUGGUUCUGUUUUUGAGCCUCAAGCAGCAGCGCGAGUCUGAGCAGCUGAACUUCAUUAGGCAAAGCUGCUUUUAAAUGUGAUUUUUCUUUUAAAUUUCAAAUGAGUGUGAGUUAUGGUUUGUUCCAGUCACACAUGUAGGGAUAGCGUUCCAUGGCACACAGUUACCUUUAGUCCCUUCACCCCAAAGAAACGGUUUCUUCAAAUUAGAGAACAACUUCUAUGAAAGUAUUGUAUGAGUAUUGAGUGACCCUAAUGGCAAAUUGAGCUGUUUCCCCCAGGAACAUGUUUUGAUAUCUGUGUGUAUGAGUGUGUGUGGAGCAGAUGUGCUGUCAUCCAGUUGUUGCUUCUUCUUGUAGCUGACAGAGCCGGGUUCUGAACUGAUUUGAAAUCAGCCCCCUGUGAGCCCUGACGAGGCACAUAAGUGUUUGUUUGACACGCCGGACACAGUUUAGUGUCCUUGACACCAACACUCUCCCUUAAUGACUAAUUUAAAAUGGAAAACCACUAAGCUACUUUUUUUUUUGCCUGAACUGGAAAACUGUUGUGUGAGUGUGAAGUGAACCAUGAGUACCUCAUUCGAAUCUGUCCCAGUUUAGUUUGUGUGUUGCUAUUUUUUCUUUUUUAAAUCCUUAAACGCAGGCGUUGGAACAAACAUGCGAGGCGCCCCUGUGGGGUUGUUAAUGCACUGAACUGGACAGAGAGGGAGGAAAUGGAAAAUAGAAAUGUAGGUCUGACUCUUUCCAGAAAGUCAUCUCAUAUAAUGUUAAACACUGAGUUUGAUUCAAAGGAGCAUCCUGCAAAGCAUCGGAGCCAUGCCUGGCCAGUAGUUUUCAUCAUUUCCAUUUCAUAUUAAAACCCCUGUAGAGGCAUCAGUGGUUAAUGGUCAUUUGUGACACAUUCAUUGAGAACCACAGCACAUGUUAUGUGCCUGUUCAGCGGUCAUUGUGGUGUAAACUUAAGUGAUAAACAGGGAAACACUGUCUAAGAAUAGUCAGUCCAGUCAGAGAAAAACUGGUCUUUGGCAAGCAAUAUACCGAUACUUACUAAAGAAAGUCUCAGAAUAAAACAUUAACCUCCAAAAGUAAAGGAGCUCAAUUUGUCAAACCUUUAAUGCCAAAUAUUUUAGGGAGUCACUUUUUUUUUUUUACCAUGUGGCUACAUCAUCUCCAGCCCGUUUCCCAUCAAAACAAGCAGGGGAGGAUGAAGCUGCCCUCCCCUCUGUGAUAAUUUAGAUCCUACCUCACUUUAUCCUAAGUGACUCUCACUUUAUCUCCAUGAGCGGUCAUUACCAGUGCUCGUCCGAAGGAUGCAGUCGAUCAUUGCUGGCAUUUGUGGAGCUUAGACUGAGAGGCCUCGAGGGCUGAGUGUUACCCAACUCAAGGGCACGUUGCAUUUGUACAUGUGAGUAACACAAUGACAUGAAAACCUGAUGUUAUUUUAUGUAUUUAAUCAGAAGCAUGAGACCCUCCUGAAGCUCCCUCCGCCUGGACUCUUCUGGUUUUUGUUUUUAUCUCCCCUGUUAAAAACUAUUUGGUUGCAUGUUUACAAAGUGGCGCCGCAAUUUCAGAUCCUCUUUUUUAUUUGACAUACUGUAUAUGAGAGAUUUAGUUUUUAUUCCAAAGAUGUUUGUGUAUGACGUACACAGCAAUAAAGAUAAAUACGGAAA